AUGUGCGAUAUUGAAACUCAAAGAUUACCAAACAAUUUUGAUGAUUUUGAUGCAUUAGAGAAUCUUGAGAUAUUAAAUGAAAGUAAUAACAAUUUAGACAGCUAUUUUUUUGAAAAAAAUGAAAGUUUAAAAAAUUGGCAACAAUUAUUGCUCCUUAUAAUGUAUUUAAAGAUUUAG